AGGAGGAGGAGAGGGCUCGAGGGACCGUCUGUCGCGGGACGGGCUGGCCAGCUGGGGCGCGGAGCCUCGAGGAGGAGGAGGCAGAGGCAGAGGCAGUGGCAGCAGCAGUGCUCGGAGCAGCAGCAGUAGAAACAAGUACCAGCCACACAGAGGCUCCUCCGGCCCGAGCAGCCACAGUCCCCCGGCCGCGAUGGCGAAGCAAAUCCCAGCGAGCGAGGAAGCCAAGGGGCCCUGGCAGGAGACAGACCAGGAACAGCAGGAGCCGGUGGGUAGUCCGGAGCCGGAGCCCGAGCCUGAGCCUGAGCCUGAGCCCGAGCCCGAGCCCGUGCCAGUGCCAGUGCCUCCGCCCGAGCCCCAGCCCGAGCCCCAACCCCUACCGGACCCCGCACCCCUGCCGGAGCUGGAGUUUGAGCCGGAGCCGGUGCACGAACCCGAGCCCACGCCCACAGUGGAGACUCGCGGCACAGCGCGUGGCUUCCAGCCUCCCGAAGGCGGCUUCGGCUGGAUGGUGGUAUUCGCCGCCACCUGGUGCAACGGCUCCAUCUUCGGCAUCCAUAACUCCGUCGGGAUCCUCUACUCCAUGCUGCUAGAGGAGGAAAAAGAGAAAAAUCGCCAGGUGGAGUUCCAAGCAGCAUGGGUAGGAGCCCUUGCGAUGGGUAUGAUCUUCUUCUGUUCUCCCAUUGUGAGUAUAUUCACUGACCGACUGGGCUGCCGAAUCACAGCCACUGCGGGCGCUGCUGUUGCUUUCAUUGGCCUCCAUACCAGCUCCUUCACCAGCUCCCUAAGCCUGCGCUACUUCACGUAUGGAAUUCUGUUUGGUUGUGGCUGUUCCUUCGCCUUUCAGCCAUCCCUCGUCAUCCUGGGCCACUACUUCCAACGCCGCCUGGGUCUGGCCAAUGGUGUGGUGUCUGCUGGGAGUAGCAUCUUCUCCAUGUCCUUCCCCUUCCUCAUCAAAAUGCUGGGGGAUAAGAUCAAGCUGGCCCAAACCUUCCAGGUGCUGAGUACCUUCAUGUUUGUUCUUAUGCUGCUCUCACUUACCUACCGGCCCCUCCUGCCCAGCUCCCAGGACACCCCAAGCAAGAGAGGUGUCCACACCUUGCACCAGCGCUUUCUGGCUCAGCUCAGGAAGUACUUCAACAUGAGAGUGUUCCGCCAACGCACUUACCGCAUCUGGGCCUUUGGGAUUGCUGCUGCUGCCCUUGGCUACUUCGUUCCUUAUGUACACCUGAUGAAGUAUGUGGAAGAGGAGUUCUUGGAAAUCAAGGAGACCUGGGUGCUCUUGGUGUGUAUCGGGGCUACCUCAGGCCUUGGGCGUCUUGUGUCAGGCCAUGUCAGUGACUCCAUUCCUGGACUUAAGAAGAUCUACUUGCAGGUCCUCUCCUUCCUGCUCCUGGGCCUGAUGUCCAUGAUGAUUCCCCUGUGCCGGGACUUCGGGGGCCUCAUCGUUGUCUGCCUCUUCCUGGGCCUGUGUGAUGGCUUCUUCAUCACCAUCAUGGCCCCCAUCGCAUUUGAGCUGGUGGGCCCAAUGCAGGCCUCACAGGCCAUUGGCUACCUCCUGGGCAUGAUGGCCCUGCCGAUGAUUGCUGGGCCCCCCAUUGCAGGCCUCCUCCGCAACUGUUUUGGGGACUACCAUGUGGCCUUCUACUUUGCCGGUGUGCCCCCCAUCAUUGGGGCUGUAAUCCUCUUCUUCGUCCCUCUCAUGCAUCAAAGGAUGUUCAAGAAAGAGCAGAGGGAUUCCAGCAAGGAUAAGAUGUUGGUCCCUGAUCCAGACCCCAAUGGGGAGCUGCUGCCAGGCUCCCCAAACCCUGAGGAACCAAUCUAAUGCCUCUUUCUUGCCAUUGUGUGCUCCUCCCCAGCUCUUCCCCUGCUCAGCAUUUACAUUUUUUUGCCACCAGCACACUAGUUCCCAAACCUGUGCACACAGCAUUUCAGCCACCUGACCACCCCCUUGGAGCCAAAGCUCUAGGUGUUCCAAACUCAUUAACCAAAUUUUCCCCAUGAAUGCCUUCAAACUUGCCAGGGCCCUUCUUCUCCCAGGAACCGGGAAAGCUUGAGAUUUCCCCCUGGCCUUUGGAACCUCUCCAUAUACAUUCUAACCCCUGGGGGAGGAGGAUGAUAGAACCUCCAGGCCCCAGCUUGUUAGUCGCCCACUAAAAUUAACUGCCAAAGGUGCUACUGUGUCCCCAGGAGCCUAGUGGGAGAGACUCAAGCCUCUGAUUACUGAGAAAUUUAUUGCCAUUCAUCCUUGGAAGCCAUUUGGGUGGUGGGGGAAGGGAGGCAGAAUGAGACAAGGAGCCUUAUUUAGUCUCACAAGUUCCUGAGGUCUGUGGCUUCCCGAGAGCUGUAUACAGGUAGUAUCCCCAUGAUAUGGUUGGUUAACAGUCUGUUUCUCUCUUCCUUUCCUUUGAUUUUUCUCUACUGCCUCCUUUCCAUUCUUUUCCCUCUCUAUUUCUUUUUAUGAUUGUCACAGAUUCAAGGUGCUUGGAGAAAGGAGGGACCCAAAGCUUGGGCCAAUCAGCCUCAUAUUGGCUCAGUCCAGCCCUAACACUAGCAUUAAUCCCGUUCAUCUCAGGCUGAGCCUCAUCUCACUUUUUGGCUCAAGCUGAUAUAAUCAUAGACUGGAAGAGUAGAAUAUCACACAGGGAAAGGACCUUAAACACCACAGAGUUCCAUGUUCCACCCACUGUUUUUUACAGAUUUUCCAAGUCAAUGCAUUAACCUGGAGGCCUUCCCAGUCCCCCAUCCUUGUAUCCACCUGUCAAAUGUGAAUAAACUCCUUUCAUCUCAGCAGGCAGAGGAGGACUAAGGACAGUGAGCUGGCGUGGUGCAUGGAGGGCCAGUGGCUAUUGACAUAGUGAAAGACCAACUCCUCCAUCUCUUAGUUUUCAUGACAGGUCAAUAUUUCCACCUGGCCAGGACAGGAAAUGGACUGUUUUAGGAAAAACCUCAUUCAGAACCUGGAUCCCCAAAGGUACAGGCAGCAGCUGCACACAGGGUUGGACACUUUCUUUUAGGAAGGGGAAGCCACCCUAGCUUUUACCACCAAGUGUUUCCCCCAUGCUGGACAUCCUGGGCCACUCUGCUUAGUGGGCAUUAAUGGUGCCAGGAAAGGUAGAUUCUGGACCACCUUCUUCCCUCUGAAGUAGGUACCAGAUGCUUCCCUAUACCCAGGCUCUGUGCAACAAUCUUACUGAAGAGCAUUCCAGGUGCUCCUGGCUAGGGGCAGAGGGCUCUGCCAGGCUGUGUCCAGCUAGCACAGCUCACCUCAUUAGGAGCUCAGCCUCUCUCUUUCCUCUGUCUUUGUGUCUCUUUCUCCCCUCUCUGGGCCUUUGUUUAUUGUGUUCCUGUCACCCAACCUUUCAUCAUCUUUUUGCCAGGCACCCCUGGCUGUCACUUAGAGCCAAUAGUAAUUUGCCACCCUAAACCAGGGUCAUCCUAUGGCCAGGAGGAUGAGGUUGCCCUGAGGGGCUCCAAAGAAGACAAUGGUCCCCACACAUGAAUUUUUCCGUUACAAACAGGCAGCUGGGGCAUGGUUGGCCUCUGAAAGUUUCAUUCAAGGCCAAAGUCUGAGCCCCCCCCCCCACCUCUGCUGGUCUUAGUCCAGCUCUUAUCAACUCCCUGAAGGAAAAUCCACUGGUUCUUGGCUCUGUAAGUAGGAAAGGGCCUAGUUAGUAGCCUGUCAGCUCAAACAGCAGUGGAACAGGAGAAGAUGGACUGCAGGAGCCCUGUAACUCCUGAGAGAGACCAUUGGAAAUACUAGAGCAACAAUGCCCCUGCUUCCAUUCCUCCCUGCCCCGCCCCCACUGAGAUGCUGGAGGGUGGUCCUGCAGGGCCUCCUUUGUUGCUCAUGACUGGAUAGCUUUUAAAAAUCAGGCUGCCACCCACUUCUCUCCAGUUGAAGGAAAGAUAUUCACAGGUCCCAAAUCUGCCUAUUCAGGUGUCACUUAACAUUGACAGGGUGUCAAUUUACUUCUUCCACACAUGUGCAUGUGCAUGUGUGGGCUUGUGUGCUUUUGGAGAGAAUUGUUGGUUGGCAAAAGCAGCACAGUAUUAAUAUUUAGAGUAGGAUGCAGCCUCUUAAGCACCACAGUUAAACCUAGGAGAACGAACAAAAUUUCAGAGCUUGAGACCUGGGACAUUUAAAUCCUCAAGGGGUUUGGAACAAAAUAAACAGAUCUAAAAGUUUGGUUUUGGUAUGGAUGUUGCCUAUAAGGGUGAAAUAGUCAACCUGGUUAACAGCAGGAAGUUUGGCUUCAGAACUGAAGCCUCAUUCCAAAUCAGAUUUCUGCCAGGGUCUGUGCUCUCUGAAAGAGCGGACAUUUGAAAAAGAGAGGAGCUAUAUAAGGCUUUGGGUUUGGGUGGACUGUUUGAAACUUCAUUUGCUAGGGAGCUCUGAAGUGGAAAAGUGGCUACUUUACAAAAUGAGAACAUGGUUACUGGCUGAGUCAGAGUAAAAGCCUGCCAAGGCCACCACCUUGCUAUAAAUGUGCCUUCCUGAAAAUUGGCAAUGACCUUAGCAAUAUUACAAUUCAACCUCUUCUCUCUCCCUUAUUGAUAGGGAACCUGAAGAGAUUAGUCUAGCUGGGUUACACAGCCCUACAGUAACAGCCUGGAAUGGAGGGUGAUACAGCAGAGAAUGACAAAACUAGGAGUAAACUUAAAGUCUCACUUGUCCAUAUUCUGCAUUGAAUUUAAGUGGGGAAAUUGAGGCCUAGAGAAACGAAGGGCCUGCUGCAGGUUCACACAGUUCAUCAGAACAAGACUUGAACUCAGGUAAUUAACUUCCAGUCCAAUCCAAACCCCUUGUUUGCUAGAUGAAGACACUGGCCCUAGAAAGGAAAAAAGGAGUUGUCCACUUCACUCAACCACACAGAAGCCCAUUUCUAAAAGGGUGUCAGCAGGACCAGCUCUUAGUGGAAAUAAAAGCUGAGCAGUGUGACUCUCAGCAUACCCCAUUGCUUCACAAUUACUCUCAUUCCCAAUCUACACAAACUUUUGGUUUCUCCCUCCCAUUCAUUCUAGACCUUCAGGAAGCCUUGGCCUUGGAAGCUUCUUUCCACCAACUGCCUUUCUACUCUGAACACCAAGAGCAACGAAUAAAGUCCGUCUCCUUCUGGCUGUGCAAUGGCCAAGACAGGGACAAAGAGAAGA